GAAUCUCUCCAGUCCUUAGCGCGGUUAGAAUACGAGACUCCAGCCUGAUUGGAGGGUGGUCUUGCCAUACGGCUCCAGGACGCUGUUUACGGCAUUUUCCAGCGUCCCAUUCGCUUCGCUGUGAAGAUGGCGUCCGGCAGCGGGACAAAAAACUUGGACUUUCGCCGAAAGUGGGACAAAGAUGAAUACGAGAAGCUCGCCGAGAAGAGGCUCACGGAAGAGAGAGAGAAGAAGGAUGGAAAACCAGUGCAGCCAGUCAAGCGGGAGCUUCUCCGGCACAGAGAUUACAAAGUGGACUUGGAAUCCAAGCUUGGGAAGACAAUUGUCAUUACCAAGACCACCCCACAGUCGGAAAUGGGAGGAUAUUACUGUAAUGUCUGCGACUGUGUGGUGAAGGAUUCCAUCAAUUUCCUGGAUCACAUUAAUGGAAAGAAACAUCAGCGAAACCUGGGUAUGUCUAUGCGUGUGGAACGUUCCACUUUGGAUCAGGUAAAGAAACGUUUUGAAGUCAACAAGAAGAAGAUGGAAGAGAAACAGAAAGAUUAUGAUUUUGAGGAAAGGAUGAAGGAGCUCAGAGAGGAGGAGGAAAAGGCUAAAGCAUACAAGAAAGAGAAACAGAAGGAGAAGAAAAGGAGGGCUGAGGAGGACUUGACAUUUGAGGAUGAUGAUGAGAUGGCAGCUGUGAUGGGCUUCUCUGGCUUUGGUUCCACCAAGAAGAGUUAUUGAAGCUCUCUGUUUGGCCUAACUUUGGCCUAUACUGGACCUAAUUUUGUGUGUGUGUUGAGGUGGGAGGAGGGGUGUCAUUUCUUUGGGAACUGGAGAAAGUCCUUAAGAACGUUAAUGGGCAGGGCUAGAGGGUGGGUGUCUGUGGUUUCCCUCUACAUUGGGAGAGGGUGCAGGAUGUAGAGGUAAUGCUGUGGCAUAUUACUUCAGCCUCAGUGUGUCACUGGAGUCCCACGACCUAUGCUCAUCUGUGUUCCCAAUAAAGAAAGACCUCCCUCUUUGAGGCUGCUUCCCCAAAAUUCCCCUGCAUCUUUCUCUCUUCAUCUAUCCAACCUCUUGUCUGAGCAUCCUCCUCUUUCCUGUGUUCUGCUUUUGUUUCAGUUUUGACUCUUGUUGAGCUUGUGACAGAAGGGUUCUCUAGGUCCCCAGUGUACAGAUGAUGGCAUAUCCUUGACCAACUCCCCCUCCGAUCUCACCCAAUGGUCCUCUAGCCACUUGUGCAUGCAUGUGUACUUCUGCCUGGGUCAAUGGUGUGUGUGGAUAUGUGUGCAUGAUCUGUCACAAAGAGGGAACCUGAGCUAGCCUUUCAGAGCACUGCUGCCUGGGGGCCUAAUGUUCUUGGUCUCCUCAGCAUGUAACAGGCAAUUAAAUGGGAUGAGUGUUUGGUGUGGUUUGUAUCUGGUGAGUUUUUUAACAUUGUUCUUCAGAUUUUGGGUGUUUCACUUUACUGAGGAUUUCUCUAUUUUGUCUUCCUUGUGAGCAGGUUCUUGGAAGAACCUGUUUGAUGCAAAAAAGAAUGAAACAACAAAACAACCCUAGAACCAAACAGUCACUCUGGGAGACCUUGGGUCUCAGGAUGUUCAACAUGUAUAAUAAAUAACACUGACUGGGCCUGUUU